AUUCAAUCAAAUUUCACGAGAAGAUUUAAUUCAAUUGGUUAAGAAGACUACUGAUGCCAAAAUAUGUUAUAUUACUUCUUCUUCUUCUUUUCCUUCGUCUUCCUUACCCCACAAUUCCAAUUCAAUACUACGGCCUCCAUCCCCAUCAAUAUCAUUAAAUCAACAAAAAUAUUAUCAAGCAUUAUAAAUUCUUCAAAUAUAAAUCAGAAUUCAAAUAUUUUAAAAUCCAACUUAAAUGACAAAUACUCACCAUCAACAAGUCAAGUUAAUGAUAAAAUAAGCUUGAAUGCGAUUCAUAUAUACGGCAAAGUCAAUAGUCUUUUUUCAGCUAGACAACUGAUAAUGAAUUUAAUGCCAGUCGGAUUAAUGUUCGAUGUGAAUAUCACAGGAGGUGAAGAAUGGUUGAAUAGUUUAAAUCUGACCAAUUUAUGUCGUUUCUAUGAUGUCAGUUUAACUACUCGUCCUACUAAAUCAAGAGAAUUUUGGAAGACUGUUGCACUAAGAACAACAGAGAGAAAUAUUAGUUCAAUGUAUAUUGUGUGUCGAAGAAUACGAGAUUUAUUAUUAGACAAUGCAAUCGACAAUAGUAUUUAUGCUUCGAAAUCUUUAAAUUCAGAGAGCUAUCAACUAAAUUCAGAUAAAUUAUGGCCGAAUGAUAUUUUCAAGUCGAACAAUCAAUACAAAGAGGUAGAAAGAUUUUCAAAUAGUUCUCCUGAAGAUGUUUUCCAGCAGGACGACGAAAGCUCCACGAUUAAAACAACCGCCUCAGAGAACACAACUAGUUGCAAAUCAUCCACCCAUGAGAAGGAUGGUCUGCGUUUAAUGAGUUAUGAAUCCAGUGCAGAAUGGCAAUUGAAAUCUGACAGUAUUGUAACCGAUAACAAUAGAAUAUGGAAAGGAUAUGACGAUUUCAAUCGAAGCCUCAAUAUACAAACAAAUGAAAUUUAUACAAAGAUGGAUGACAAGCCUUCUACACAAACAAGAAGCAUUUUGACAAAUCGUAACAUUCAAAACAACAGUUACAAUAUUCCAGGAAGAAUGUUAAAAUCCUUCAAUUAUGAAUAA